AUGGCGCGGCGGAGGCGGCUCGGAGAAGUGAAGAGCUGCGGGGUUAGACGCGAAGUCCCACCGAGCCCCGUCCCUGGAGCCCUGGGCGGGGACUCCCGGCCGGACCCGGCGCUGAGGCGCACGCCGAGGAAGCCGCUCACCUUUACGAUCUGCCGGGGCGGGCGCGGCGGGAGACAACCUGCGAGGGGGCGCCGGAACGCCCCCGCCAACUUCUCCCGAAUCCGCGCAGUCCACGGAGCACCCAGCUGUCAGGAGCGACGCCCCCACCUCCGUGUUCCGCCAGGCUUCCCCCGCAGCCCGUCCGCAGGCGGCUCGCAGGACUCAGAGCGCCAGGCGGAGGUUCGGCUGCACCUCGAGGAUGAGGUGGCCCCAGAGCUGAGAGGUUCGGCUUCCACCAGCCGGGGCUCCCUACUCACGCUGCACUGCGAGGAGGCGGCGGCGCCGGCGGCGGAGGAGGAGGCGGCGCCCGGCCGGCCCCCGCCCAGAGCCCGGCAGCCGCCGAGUGGCCGCCCGCGUCCCCGCAGGACCCGCCUCCUGAGCUCCGCAGAGCCGCACACAGGGCGCGCCGCGCUCAGCACGGGCAGCUCUGCCGGCCUCACGCCGCCGUCCGCAAAGGCAGCGGCGGGCGGGGUGCAGCCCCCUCCGGGAGCACCGCAGCCCGACCCGCUCGGGGCGGGGCCCGCGGCCCCCGGAGAGCGGACAGCGGAGCACGAGGGGGCUACGCGAAGCUUCGGGCAGGGGCGCCGCUUGCACCGGGUGGCCCGCAAGAUUGCAGGGGGAGGCAAGGGGAGGUGA